CGCGCAGUCCCACUUGCUCGGCGUCCGCCUGCUGCUCGUCAUCGCCGCAUUUCUGUCUUCCUGUUCUUCCACCCUUCCUCUUCCCCCCUCUCCGAUCCUCUCUCUUAUUCCCAUCCUCUGUCCCCCCGCCAAACCUUUCCCCCCCCAAUCUUACUGUACCGUACGAAUUUCGCAGAAACUGUGCUAUGUUGCCAGCUUCUACGCGAUCUUCGCUGUUUGAUAAUUCUGCCUGUAUCUAACCGCUGUCCUGGCCAAAAAGUCGAUUUCGUCGCUUUUCUCCGCCUUGCCGUUCGGCGGUGCUAGGCUUGUCCUGCAUCUAUAUGCCGUGACGUUGUAUCUAUACUAACUGUACCGGACGCAUUAACUUCCAACAGUUGCUUUCUGCGCUCACUCGGUCUAUAUCUGGACUUGCGGCGCAUGAUUUCCGCAGUCUUUGUGUUUCGACGAAUCUCCCUCGAUUAAUCAUGGGGGUGGAAUGUCAUGGUCCUAUCUGGGCCCGCGAUGACCUCUCACGUUGUUUUCAGCGCAACUAUUUACAAGUGAUUUUCCCUCUCGCGGCAUGUGGACUAUCUCUAAUACUCAUCGUGCUCCGCGUCGCAUACGGCUUUCUAUUUUCUCGCAAAAGGGUUUCCUACAAGAUUUUGGCGAAUGAUGCAGAGGAUGAGGAUACGCAAGACACGGCUGUCGGAGACGACGAAGAAGGGGAGACAGAUCCAAUGUUGAGCAAAGCGACGCGAAGCGAGAUGCCUCACUUCGAGGUUGAUCGCCCCCGAGGCGAAAUUGCCGUGAUUUCCCUGGAAAUACUUGCGCUUGCUGGAGAAGUGGCUGUCUUUGUGGCUGUUCUCUCGACAGAUGCAUGGGGUCGUCAGGGUUCCCUUCCAGCUAUUGCGAAGCUAGUUUCAUGGUCAUAUAUACUAUUCCUCGCAUUGAUCCGGCUGCUACUCUCGACGCUGGACCUGCACUCUUCUCCCCGGCUCUGGAGUCACACUGCCGCUCUGUAUGGGCUGCAAUGGCUGUUUAAUGUCAUGAUCUUCAGAUCCGCUGUCAUCUAUCCACUGUCCAAGCGCGCCUUGACCUUGAGCUCGAUCGAGUUUGCCUUGUCGACUCUUCUCCUACUCGUUGCAGUGACCACUCGUAGGGGAAACAAGGCUGUUCUCAUUUCGCACGAGGAUGGCCUCGAGCCAGCGAGACACCCCACAGCCAGCUUGCUUUCGCUUGCCACCUUCGGCUGGCUGGACCCUCUGAUCCUCAAAGGAUACAGACAACCUCUGGAGCUUGACGAUGUUUGGGACUUGACUGCGUCCCAAAAGGCAGCCAGUGUACUGGAGGACUUCCGACGCAGACAUUAUCAGGGUGCGCUGUGGUGGAAGUUGGCCCGCUACUUCUACGGUACACUCCUUUACCAGGGCGCCUGGACGAUUUUCUCGAAUAUGUUCACAUAUUUGCCAACUAUUCUGCUUAGAGCCAUUCUCCAGUAUGUUGAGGAUCCACGAUCUACCACAGCAAAUGCAGCUUGGCUCUAUGCCAUACUUCUGUUCUGUUCCGGAGCCAUUCAAGGUAUUGCCGACGGUCAAGCCCUCUGGAUUGGACGUAAACUCGGCGUCAAGGUCCGUGCCAUCAUUAUUGGUGAGAUUUACGCCAAGGCUCUGCGGAGAAAGGCUGGUUCGACUGUCGAAACUGCCCCUAAGAAGGCUGCCGAGUCGGACGAUGACAAGAAGAAAAAGGGCGGCCUGUUCUCCUUCGGUCGCAAGAACAAGAAAAACGCAACCACCGACCCAGAGACCAAUGGCACAACAGCCGAGGACCCCAAGGAAGGUGAGGAAAAGCAAUUGGCUAACGUUGGUACUAUCAUCAACCUGAUGGCUAUCGACUCCUUCAAGGUUAGCGAAGUCGGCGCUUACCUGCACUUCCUUUGGGCCAGUGUCCCUACUCAAAUUGUCAUCGCUGUAACCCUUCUCUAUCGUCUCUUGGGCUUGAGUUCUUUUGCUGGAAUUGUUAUCAUGGUGCUCAUGCUGCCCGUGAACCUGAUCAUCGCGAAGCAGUUCUCAAAGGUGCAGAAACAGAUUCUGAAAGGAACCGAUGCUCGUAUCCAUAGCACGAACGAGAUUCUGCAAAACAUCCGGAUCAUCAAGUAUUUCGCGUGGGAGCAGCGUUUCCAGGAUAUUGUCAAUGAGAAACGAAAGACCGAAUUGAAGGCUCUCAGGUUCCGGUACAUUAUCUGGUCUUCAGCAGCUACGGUUUGGUACGGCACGCCGAUUUUGAUCACAUUUGCCUCAUUCUUCCUGUACACGGCCGUCGAAAAGAAACAGUUGACUCCCUCGAUUGCUUUCCCCGCAUUGUCUAUGUUCUCUCUGCUCCGUGUGCCCUUGGAUCAGCUAGCAGAUAUGGUGGCACACGUGCAGGAAUCUAAGGUGUCGCUCGAUCGUGUGGAUGAAUAUCUCAACGAGGAUGAGACCGAGAAGUAUCGACUGCUCGAGGACGAGGAUUCGGCUGGACAACCCCCCAAGAUUGCUUUGGAAAAGGCCACUCUUAGCUGGGGAGCCUCGAAAACAGGAUACUCUGAUGACCCAUUGGAUGACGCCAAAGACAAUUUCCGCCUCAUCAACAUGGAUGUGUCGUUCAAGAUUGGGAAGCUGAAUGUUAUCACAGGAGCUACUGGCUCUGGAAAGACCUCCUUGCUCAUGGCCCUCCUGGGUGAGAUGAAACUUUUGGAAGGAAGAGUGUAUCUGCCCGGCGGAACCGCGAAUCGAGCCGAAUUGCCUGUGGAUCCGCAGACGGGUCUCAUUGAGAGUGUUGCAUACUGCGCACAGGAAGCCUGGCUUGUGAACGCUACUGUCAAGGAGAAUAUUGUGUUUGCGUCUCCGUUCGAUCAACGCCGGUACAACGCUGUGAUCAAGGCAUGUGCUCUAGAGAGGGACCUCCAGAUUCUCGAUGCUGGUGACCAGACCCUCGUGGGCGAGAAGGGAAUCAGUUUGUCCGGCGGCCAGAAGCAGCGGAUCUCCCUUGCUCGUGCGGUAUAUAGCAGGGCUCGCCAUUUGCUCCUGGAUGAUUGCUUGAGUGCCGUGGACUCACACACCGCAAAGCACAUCUUCCGUCAGGCAUUGACUGGCCCUCUUAUGCUCAACAGAUCUUGCAUUCUCGUCACACACAAUAUUGCUCUCACGGUUCCCCAGGCAGACUAUGUUGUUGUUCUUAGCAACGGCAAGAUCGCGGCACAAGGUCUUCCGGACGAGGUAGCAGCUUCGGGUGCCUUGGGCGAUGAACUGCUCAAAUCCCGGCCCACAUCUAGGGCUAGCACGCCGCGUCUCUCUCGUAGACCCUCUGAUGCCGAAGAGCCACAGGAAGAGACUCACGCGAAUGGCUCGGCCGUCAACGGCACCACCGCCAAGAUCCAGGAAGGUAAAGAGGAUCAAUCCAAGCUCAACGAAUCCAAAACAACCGGCAGCAUCAAAUGGUCGACAAUCAAGAUGUACUUGCUUUCUAUGGGAUCUUGGUCUUACUGGCUCGUCGCUGUUCUAGUUUUCUGCCUGCAGCAGUUGGGCUCUGUCUCUACCAACAUCUGGAUCAGACAAUGGGCAAACUCAUAUCAAACGCAGAGUUCUGGAUUGGAUGAUGUCGGUGAUUAUGCGGCAGUGUCCAACUUCAAAAUGCCAUCUUUCAACGCAGGUGGAGUUCCCCGAACUUCGGUCCUCAGCGCGCCUCAGUUCAGCACACGGAAGGGUGAUGGGCCUAGCAAUGAUGUGAACAUCACGUAUUAUCUUGGUGUGUACGCGCUAUUGGGUCUUUCUUUCGUUUUGAUCUCCCUGCUCAGAGAAGCCGUUUUGUUUUGGGGCUCGCUGCACGCUUCGUUCACCAUUCACCAACGUCUCUUGAAAUCUGUGAUUCAUGCGAAAUUCAAGUUCUUCGACUCGACUCCUCUCGGCCAAUUGAUGAACCGCUUCUCUAAGGAUGUCGAGGCAGUUGACCAAGAAGUUGCUCCUGUCGCUAUCGGCAUGCUUCACAGCCUGGCAUCUGUGAUCAUGAUCGUGAUUCUAAUUUCAGUCAUUACCCCUGGCUUCUUGAUUGCCGGAAUUUUCAUCACGCUGAUCUAUGUCGCUCUCGGUGCCGUCUAUGUGAACUCUUCUCGUGAUCUGAAACGGCUCGAAUCCGUACAGAGAAGUCCGUUGUACCAGCAGUUCGGUGAGACUCUGAAUGGGAUUGUCACUAUCCGUGCCUAUGGUGAUGGGCCACGUUUCAUUGUCGAUAACCAUCGUCGGAUCAAUGCCUACAACCGGCCUCAUAUCUACCUCUGGGCCAGCAACCGCUGGCUCGCCUUGCGCGUGGACGUAACUGGAGCUCUUGUCUCUUUCUUCACUGCUGUCUUCGUCCUCGCAAAUGUCGGCAAGGUCGACGCGGGUGCAGCUGGACUUUCGCUUACAUAUGCGGUGACAUUUACAGACAACGUUCUUUGGCUUGUCCGUCUGUAUUCCGAGGUCCAACAGAACAUGAACUCAGUCGAGCGAGUGAAGGAGUAUCUUGAUGUUGAACAGGAGGCUGAUGCCGUCAUUGCCGACUCCAGACCGCCGGCUCAAUGGCCAAGCGGGGGCUCCGUUGAAUUUGUCAACUAUACCACGCGGUACCGGUCUGACCUGGAUCCUGUUCUCCGGAAUGUUUCGUUCAAGGUCCAACCGGGAGAGAAAGUGGGAAUCGUCGGACGUACCGGUGCUGGAAAGAGUUCUCUCGCUCUCGCGCUGUUCCGUGGACUCGAGGCCGAGAAAGGACGCAUCGUCAUCGACAGUGUGGACAUUAGCAAGAUCGGUCUCCGCGACUUGCGCGAAGCCAUCACCAUCGUCCCUCAAGAUCCUACUCUCUUCACGGGUACCAUUCGGACCAAUCUUGAUCCCUUCGACCUUUUCACUGAUGAGCAGAUCUUCACCGCUCUGAGACGCGUCCACUUGAUUGGGCCAGGAACCUCGGGCAGUGCUACACCCAUGACGAGUAGCACCGUUGCCGAACCCAGCACAAACGGCGUGACCAGCAGUACCGUCCUUGACAACAAGAACAUCUUCCUGAACCUGGAGACUGCCGUUUCCGAGUCCGGGUCCAACCUGUCUCAGGGUCAGCGCCAGCUUCUCUGCCUGGCCCGUGCCCUUCUUAAGAACCCGAAGGUCCUGAUGAUGGACGAAGCGACCGCAUCGAUUGAUUACAAUACCGACUCGAAGAUUCAGGAGACGCUCCGCGAACUCCGUGAAAGCACCAUCAUCACCAUUGCACACCGCCUGCAAACCAUUAUUGACUAUGACAAGGUCCUGGUGCUUGACCAUGGUCAGGUCAUCGAGUUCGAGCACCCGUGGACGCUGAUCAACCGCGAGGAUGGUCUGUUCCGCAGUAUGUGCGAGAACAGUGGCAACAUGGAUGGUCUCUUGGAGGGAGCGAAGAGGGCCUGGGAGAGUGCGCAGACUGGACAGGCGUCGAGAUAGAGCCGGCAUAUUAUUAGUCAUGUGUUGUUUAUGGAGUGUGUUUCUACACACCUUUUGUGGUUCGCUGUGAUUUGUUUAUUUCUCCUUACUGGGGCCAUAAAAGUUAUGGUACAUAAUAUAUUUAGGCGUGACCAAUUUUAGAAUUGUGUAUGUGUG